AAGUAACUGCUCAGUGUAUAUACAUACAUAUAUAUAUAUAUAUAUAUAUAUAUAUAGAUAUCGGAACGGUGUUUGAUUGAUGUUUUUUUAAAGUAGAAAUUAAAUUGUUUUAGUUAUAAAUUAUACAAUUAAUGAAAUCUCAAUGACUUAAAGAAUGCUGGGUCGUAUGAAAUUAAUUCUAUGCUUUUGCAUCGUUUUAUGCGCAUCGAGCAUUAAAGCUGAUGAUAAUCAAGUUUCUUUAACCAAACUUGGAGGAAAAGGACCGACUUUAAAAUUCUUAUAUUGUUAUUCUUGCGGUUAUAGAAGAGUUUAUGAUGAUUAUGUCAAUAUCCUUCGUCAGAAAUAUCCAGAGCUACAAAUUGAGGGAGAUAACUAUGAUCCUCCUGGAUACAAUAUGCUUAUUGCUAAUAUACUAGCUUUUGUUAAAAUUUCCUUAAUAGUGUUAAUUAUAAGUGGAAUCGAUCUUGGACAGCCAUUACCAUCGCUAUGGCAAUGGUGUAUAGAUAAUCGAUUUUAUUCCUGUAUCAUGAUAUUUUUCAUUUGUAAUGCAAUAGAGGGGCAACUCAUAUCAUCAGGAGCUUUUGAAAUAUACUUCAAUGAUGUCCCUGUAUGGUCGAAACUGGAAACUGGUAGAAUACCACAACCACUUGAACUUUACCAAAUAAUAGAUACUCAUUUAAAUAUGCAAUAUGCAGAUGUAGAUAUAGGAUAGAUUAAUUUUAAUAAGAAAUUCAGUGGCAUUUUUA